CUGUACCGGCUGCCGCGGGGCCGGGGCGGGCCGGGGCGCGGCGCGCAAUAAACGUUUCGGAAGGGCCCCGCCUCCCCCCGCGCUGUUUCCGCCGCGCCGGUCAUGGGCUCCGAGGCGGCGGCGCUGCUGGCGGCGACCGACUUCGCGGCCAGGAAGCACAAGGGGCAGCGGCGGAAGGACCCCGAGGGCACCCCCUUCAUCAACCACCCCAUCGGGGUGGCCAAGAUCCUGGCCCACGAGGCCGGCGUGACCGACAUCGUGGUGCUGCAGGCCGCCCUCCUGCACGACACGGUGGAGGACACGGACGCCACGUUCUCGGAGAUCGAGGAGCAGUUCGGGGAGGAGGUCAGGCGCGUCGUGGAGGAGGUGACGGACGACAAGGCGCUGCCCAAGACGGAGCGAAAGCGGCUGCAGGUGGAGCGCGCCGCCGGCACCAGCCCCCGCGGCAAACUGGUCAAACUGGCCGACAAGCUCGACAACCUGCGGGACCUCAACCGCUGCGCCCCGGAAGGGUGGUCGCCGCAGCGCGUGCAGGAGUACUUCCAGUGGGCCGCGCAGGUGGUGGCCGGGCUGCGCGGGACGAGCGCGCCGCUGGAGAGCGCGCUGCAGCGGCUGUUCGAGGAGCGCGGCCUGGGGGGGGCCGGCACCGGCACCGGCACCGGCACCGGGGCGGGGCGGGAACCGCGGCCGGGGCGCGGCGGCCAAUAAACGUGCGCAGAGCUGAGA